UGUAAGCCGACGGAGAUUCCGCGCAACGCAUUCAUUAGCAUUAUGAUUGCGCGGGCGAUCGUUUUGGUGCUAACUUUUGUAUCCUUGGCGAAAUGUGCGAGGAUUCUGGCGGUCUUUCCGAUGCCGUCCGUGAGUCACCAGGUGGUGUUCCGUCCGAUCACCCAGGAGCUGGUGCGGCGAGGCCACGAGGUGGUGGUCAUCACCCCAGACCCGGCCUUCCCUGAGGGCCAGGCUCCCGUUAACCUAACAGAGAUAGACGUCCACGAAACAGCCUACGAGGCGUGGCUCGAAGUCAUUAACAGAGACGUCGUCGGGAAGCCCAACGACUUCCUGACAAUCCUCGAGUUCAUGAUAAAGAGUACAUGGAAGUUCUUCCCGGCGGAAAUGCAAACUCCGGCCGUGCAGGAGAUCAUCCACAAAAAACGCGGGGAUUUCGACUUGAUUCUUACGGAGCUGUGCAUUCGAAAAUCUCUGGGGUUCUCGCAUAUAUUCAAGGUCCCGGUAAUUCAGAUCAGCUCUCUCGGAUCCAUACUGUAUAACGACGGAAUCGUUGGAUCGGAGACGCAUCCAUUCCUUUUCCCCAGUUCCUUCAAUCGGAGAAUAUACAAUUUGACACUAUACGAGAAAUUUUUCCAACUGUGGAACGACUUACGCUUAAAGUGGACGUACUCCGCUGCUGAGGAGAAGGAACACGAGCUGAUGAAGGAUAUUUUUGGUCCGGAUGUGCCGCCCCUGAGUGUUCUGAAGGACAACAUACACUUGACCAUGUUGAACAUACAUCCUAUUUGGGCCGACAACCAGCCUGUACCCCCGAGUGUAGUGUACAUCGGGAGCAUACAUCAAAAGCCACCGAAGCCUUUACCUCUGGAAUACCAAUCAUAUUUGGACGCAUCCAAAAAAGGGGUUGUGUAUGUGAGUUUUGGUACCAACGCGACCCCAUCGAAGUUUGCCCCCGAAACAGUGCAAAUACUGUUUGACGUGCUCUGCAAGCUGCCUUAUGAUGUGCUGCUGAAAUGGGACCAAGACAAUCUACCAGUCGACUGUAGUAAUAUUAAAAUCUCGAAAUGGUUUCCACAAUACGAUAUUUUAAGUCAUCCAAAGGUCAAACUGUUCAUAACGCAAGGUGGUCUGCAAUCUACCGACGAAGCUAUAUCGAGUGGGGUACCCCUGAUAGGUAUACCCAUCAUGGGCGACCAGUACUACAACUCGGAGAAGUAUGUACGUCAUGGCAUCGGAAAAAUGUUGUAUUGGAACGAUUUCGACGCGCAAACAUUUAGGGCCGCCAUUGAUACCGUGAUCAAUGACAAAAGCUAUCGCCAGAACAUUAUCCGACUACGAGAAAUAAUGAGGGACUCACCGCAAUCGCCGCUGGAGCGUGCUGUAUGGUGGGCGGAGUACGUACUGCGGCACGGCGGCGCUAAACACUUGAGACCGCCCACCGCCCACAUCACACUCUACGAAUACCUGGAGAUAAACCUCUUGAUUAGCAUCAUCAGUGUCAUACUUGCCACUUUUGUUGUAGUAACCAUUAUCGUGUUAUUAAUGGUAAAAAGUAAUGUUAAUUUGGAAAAGAAAAAAUUAAAAGGUUCAUAGUUGUCUCAUUCUAAAGUCAUUUACAAACAUACAUUUGUUGAAGAUUUGCUUUUAUGGGUUUUAUUGGUUCCGUUUGUUUUUGCAUACCCACGCCUAUUUCCGAUUGUGCGAAUGAUCGUCAGAUAAAAUUUGCAUUAUAAUAUUAUA